AUGGCGCCCUGCGAGCACUUGCAGGCCGAAGAGCAAGCAUGGCAACCAGUCUUUGAGCGGCUUUGUGAACGUUUCCCGGAGACUGGUGCUGCCAAAGUAGCCGCCGUACUCCGCGAGAACAACGGCCACGCAGGCCAAGCUGCCGCCGCAAUCCGGGACCUCGGUGGCACUGGAAAACGCGAAGUUGAUCCAGAUGACAAGGAGCAUGUAAAAACGCUUCUGACAAGUCCUGUCAUGUUUGCCGCCGUGUGCAAGGAUAACUUUCGGAGGUUCGACACCAAUGGCGAUGGGGUGCUAAGUUGGUCUGAGGUCCUCCCACUGGUCAACAGUCUCUACGACAGCUUCGGCCUGCAACCGCCCCGGGAAGGCAAUUUGAGAUCAUUCUUCGAUGCAUCAGACCUCAACAAGGAUGGCGUCCUAUCCGAAAAGGAGUUCAACAGGUUCUUUGAGUGCUUCCUUAGAUACGCAUUCUUCGAUGUUGUUCAGAAGGAUGCCGCAAAUACAAAGGCUGGCAGCUUGGAAGCUAAGCCCGAGGAGGAGAAGGAUAAGGAAGAGAGAAGGCUCAGCAGUGCAGCGCUGGAAGCAAGAGGUGGCUAUGAGCGGCAGGACAAGGCCGCACGACCUGCGCAAGCAGCGCAAUCUGGGUCAGGGGGCUCGCAUUUCCGCGUCAUUGCUCCUCAUGGCAUCUCUUGGAGGAGAAGCCCUGAUUUCAAUGACAGAUUGGACAGCAGCGUUGCAGCAGGAGAGGCCGUGAAGGUGUUAGAGCAGUGGGUGAAGACUGACAGAGGUUGGCUUCCGCUAUAUGAUGCUCGUGGCAAGCCCCUACUGCAGCCUGUGCUGGAUGACUCAGCCGACGCUGCCCGGCGAGCUCCUGCAGGCCCAGCAGGACCUGCUUUCACAGCAUGCAGGCGAGAGAAGAAGCCGAAGGAGGCCGACGCUUCACAGGCGGACGAUGAGCCCAAGCUUCGCGCUGGCGAGGAGGACUGGAGGGAGCGUCUUGACCGCUUGCAAGAGCGCUUCCCGAUGCUGAGCUCUGGCCAGGUGCUGCAGAAGCUCCGCGCGCAUCAAGGCCACGCCGGCCACACGGCCGCCGCUUUGCGUGAGCUCAUGGGCCGGCAUGGCGGGUAG